CUUUACAGCAAGUGUCCUGCCUGAUACCAUGGAAUUACUGCAUCACUCCCAUCAUCCACUACCAUCACCUGAUGCAUCAGCCAGCACUAUCCAUGCAGAUUCUUUUUCAAUGAACUACCACAAUAAGAAAGUAGUGUUGUGUAGUUCUCUGCACCAUCUAUUACACAUUAUAGGCUUAAAUACAUGGUUCAACAGAAAGUAUCACUCAUGAUAGGAUUCCAUACAGCAGCCGAGUUGACGUUAUCCUAUACAAUAGGCUUAUGUAGAGGGGCUCAGCAGGCUAUAUCAUACAGAAUAAGCUUAGAUACCCCAGCACGGGCACCCACCACAAACAUAUAUACACAUUCCAUCCCUCCUGGAUCUACUUCGUAUUUGUUAGUGAUCGUCUUCCUCUCUUGCAGUUUUCCUGUGUGAAGUGUCAGCUUUCCAUCAGAGAUGCCUAUAAUCUCAGGAAGCAGCGAGCACGACUACAGCAACCUCAGCUACACCUCAAGCAGUACAUUAAACCACUUCUUCCCCGUAGCUGUAGAGUCGCAGACACUUAAAGGGGUAAAGUACCAAAGGGCAAAGAGAAUCUAUGACCCCGAUGAUUUGUACACAGUCGACUUUAAGCGAGAGGUCAUCAUUAACGUGGGAGGCUUUCGGUACCUCAUCCCUUGGAGUACACUGGACGAGUUCCCCAUGACAAGGCUUGGCAAGUUGAGGUUUUGCAGCAACUAUGACGAGAUCAUCCAGAUCUGUGAUGACUUUGAUGAAGACACCAAUGAGUUUUUCUUUGACAGGAACCCGUGUGCAUUCAGGAUGAUAGUCAGCUUUUUGGCAGUGGGGAAACUGCGUCUGCUGCGUGAGAUGUGCGCCUUGUCUUUUCAGGAUGAGCUGAUGUACUGGGGCAUCGAGGAGUCCAACCUGGAGCACUGCUGCCUGAGGAAGCUGUUCCAAAAACUCGAGGAACUGGCAGAAUUCAGGAAGGAGGAGGAGGCGCAGAGAACCCGGGAGACCAUCUGUGUGCUAGAAGACCACUCCAAGAUGGGCUACUAUAUGAGCAAACUGCGGGACAUGGUGGAGAACCCCCAGUCUGGCUUGCCCGGGAAGGUAUUUGCCUGUCUGUCCAUCUUAUUUGUGGCCACCACGGCCAUCAACCUAUGCGUCAGCACCAUGCCGGACCUCCGUGCUGAGGAAGACAGGGGUGAAUGCUCUCAAAAAUGCUACAACAUCUUCAUCAUUGAGACAGUCUGUGUGGCUUGGUUCUCUCUUGAGUUCUUAUUAAGAUUUGUCCAAGCCAAGAGUAAGUGUCAGUUCUUCAAGGGUCCACUGAAUAUCAUUGAUGUAUUGGCCAUCUUGCCAUAUUAUGUUUCUAUUAUAGUGGAAGAUGAACAAAAAACAUUUGAUAAGCCAGGCAGCAACUCAUACCUAGAGAAGAUUGGGCUGGUGCUACGGGUCUUACGUGCCUUGAGAAUAUUAUAUGUCAUGCGCCUUGCUAGACAUUCACUGGGCCUGCAAACAUUGGGCCUCACAGUGCGGCGGUGCACGCGGGAAUUUGGACUCCUUCUGCUCUUCCUGUGUGUGGCUGUCACACUUUUUGCUCCUCUUGUUCACUUAGCAGAAAACGAAAUGGGAAGGUGCCAGGAAUUUACCAGUGUCCCUGCGUCCUAUUGGUGGGCAAUCAUCUCCAUGACAACGGUCGGCUAUGGCGAUAUGGUGCCCAGAAGUAUCCCGGGUCAGGUGGUUGCCCUGAGCAGCAUCCUAAGUGGAAUCUUAAUCAUGGCAUUCCCUGCAACAUCUAUCUUCCACACAUUCUCGCGCUCAUACGCUGAGCUGAAGCGAGAUCAAGAAAGACUUCAGAGUCGUCUUAUGAGACUGAAAGAUGGCAACCAAUCAGAGGAGAGUGACACCUUCAACGACACGGACAGCUUAGCCUCAGAGGAAACGUACAAGUAUUUCUUUGCAGGGAAGUAGAUGACAUGGACAAAUGAUUAGGACAAUCUGAUAUUAUGUGGAGCCAAGCCAUGUGCUCCCCAUUACUGAUGGGGAAAUGCCAUCCAGCAGGUAAAGCAUUAGCAGCAAAGAUGACGUCUGACCAUAAAACUAUUAAUUGCUCAUCAGAGAUGAGUGCUGUAAAAUAUAACGCAAAAGAAUAAUCACGUUUAAAUAAAAAGCCAUACCUUUG